AUGGUCAUCAUCGACGAGAAGAUGACUACAGCCCAUCGUCCCCUUCCUCAACCUCCUCCGCCAUAUCAACUACACCAACGCCGGACGGACGGCACAGAUGCAGUACCUCCACCUCCGUUUACCGCGUACUCAAGGCCGGCGCCGAAACUCUCCGCCCUCCCUCCUCAUCUACUCCUUCACAUUCUGUACCACACCUUCCCGCAGCGACCGAAGUUCGAGUCGGGUACGGUUGUGAGACAGCGAAGGACGCUGUAUUGGCUUGCUAUGGAAGCCAGGCAUGUUAGCAGAUCGUUCUACAUCGCUUGUAUGCACAUUCUACGAUCGUCCUAUCUCCCAGCAUACUCGGAACUCGUCAAAUAUCCGUACACCUCAGAUCCAUUCCCAUUGGCCGCAACUCCACCGACCGAUGCAUCAUCAUCAACGAGCUCGCCUGUUCUUCCAUCGCUCCAGAGGGAAACGGCCGUGCUGAAUCUGUUCAUCGCGCUCAAGGUCCGUGAGGACGUUUGGGCCGAUGACUCAGAACUGCAUCUCGAACGGGACGAGUCCUUCCGCGACCUUUUCGAUCUACUAGAGCCGCGGGCGCGCAUGGAAGACCUCGUACGCGUGUACGGCGAAAGAAGCGGUCUCAUUUACUCGAGGCUGGUCAAGGCGAAUGAACAUCAUACUUCGCAUAAGGGCAUGCUAGACUUCGCUACCCUUGCGGUAUCAUUCAGCUCAAGGCGUGUGGGAAUUGUCGUCACAGCUCAAGGCCGAAAGCGGACGGUAGUUGACACGGAGCGCGCACGAGACGAGCCGCUCGAGACCGCCGCUCAGCGUCUGGCCAUAGACCUGGGGGACUGUGUGCACCCCUGA